CUGAGAUAUGUUUAGAAGGGUCUAAUAGAGUGCCACGUGGGGAAUCAGAUAAGUUUGGCACAUGCAUUCAGCAACUUCAAGACUUCGAGUUUGUAAAUGUUGGUUCAAAACAAACAGCUUUGCUACCUCCAAGAGAAUCAAUUCAGGAUAAUAAUGAUAAUAAAAGGUUUGGUCAGAAAGCAAUAGUAGCAACAAUUGGUAUUGCAGUUGCAGAUAGGAUCGCCCAGCAGUGUAAGGAAAUUGAGCUUUCAACAAGGACAAUACCAAAUCUCACUCAUUUCAGGUAUGGUGAAUUAGAAACAAUUUGGUUUGGAGCUGAAGCUAUUAUAUGAGUUUCUUUGUUACUCUAAUGAGGUGAAACUUUCCCUCCUUAGCUACCUUUUUGACAUUUUGGCAACCAUUUACAAUUUGAGCAUAAAGGAAAAGGCUAAAAGUUUGCAAACUUUUUCUCAAAAGGUUCCUUUUGCAUCCCAGCCUACAAAAUACCUUAGUGAAAAUUCUUAUGACUUUCCAUGUCACAAUUUGUAGUUUAAGACAGAAAAAGAAGUACAGAUUGAACAAAACUUUAGGUAUUUGCCUGCAGUUUUUCCCAUAGAUCUAAGUAUCUUCUUUCAUCAGUUCUUGCAUAAUUUUUUUGGCCUUGAAGUAGUAAAUAUAUUCUGAAUUUCUGAGUGAAUGAUCAUGGAGAAAGUAUAUAAGCAGCAAAUCUUUUCCAAGUUGUCUUCCAAUUUAGGUACUUCUCCACCUAUCAUAUUGGUUCUUGUUAUGUUCUCAUUUUAUUUUUUCUUUUCAAUUUCUAAAUCGUCCUUCCCCUUCCUUCUUACAAUACCUAUUGCUCUUCUAUCUACCUUAUUUCUUGUCACACUGACAAAGAAAAAAGGGUCUCAAAAUGAAAAUCUAGUCCAAGAUGAGCUGCAGAAAGAGCAGCUACACCCUUCACUAGAUGUUACUCAUGCUGAUGAGGUUAACCAACAAAGUGAAACUGCUGAGAAUCAUGAGCAACAAGCUGAAGCACAUUUAGACUAUUCAUUUCCAACAGAUAGCGAAAGCAGCAAUUUCUCAAUUAUGGAUAGAACUUUUGAACUCAAUGCUGAUCAAGAGCAUAGACUACAUGAUGAUUUGCAGUCAGAUUAUUCACUUCCAUCAGACAGUGAAAGCAGUGAUGGCUCAAUAAUGGGGGAAAGUUUUGAGAUUGGUCGCUAUGGAAAUCAAAUUGAGGAUAUUUCUGAUGAUGACAACGACGACAACGAUGAUGAGGAGGAGGAAGAGGAUAGUCUGAUUGAAAUCAACCUUCCAAGCAACCACUUCUCUGAAUUGACUGAAGAUCCUAAGCAAAAGUUGCAAUCCAAGUUGCCAGAAUUACUGCAAGAUUCCUUAUUCAAGCAGCAAGGCCUAAUGGAGCUCUUAGCAGAAAUUAAUGACAUGAAUGAGGAUGAAAACUUGAUUGAGAUUGAUAUUUCCAUGGGAUCAGGAGUUGGCAUAUUUUGAAGAUGAAUGUGUUCUCAGUGAUUUAUCCUUGUUUACAAUUUUUAUAUUAAACUGCUAAUAUAGAUUUAGUAUUAGUAUGUUAACUCUUUUUCUUCUUGAUGCUGAGGAAGAUUUGUGCUCACCUAUAUUAAGUUAGCAUUUCGAUUCAAUGGGUUCCUUAUCAUUUUUUGUGUCAAGUCCAAAUUGAACUUUAGCGAGUUUAAUUUAACAUAUGCUAAUGCUAGCCUCAAGUUCAUUUGUUAAA